GUUAGAAAAAUAUACAAGGAAAGGAUCGAGUUCGGUGCGGAGAAGCCAUCUCCUCCCCAAGAUUUAAAUACCAGUGUGGUAAAAGGGGUUGUGGCGUGUGGGGGAGGGGUUGCAAGGUGGGGUCUAACAAAACCGGCAACCAAACUAGAGAUGCCAUUUCGAUGUAAAUAGAUUCUCUCUCUCUCUCUCUUAAGCUAACAGAAGAAGAGUGAGGAAGUAGUGGAAAUCAAAUGAAAAGGAGAAGAGAAAUGGAGAAGGGGUCGGAGAUAAGAUCCGCCAUCGAGGAGCUUUCUAUGGUCGUCAAGGUCAAGCCUGGUGUUGAUCCUAAUGUUGCCUAUCUUCCAACCAAGCCAUUUCUCUAUACCUGCAACCUGCUUAUUCAAAUACUUGAUAAGAUUGGACCAACAAUGGCGGUUUUGAGACAAGACAUCCAUCAGAACAUCCAGAGACUUGAGAAGAUUUACGAAUUGGAUCCAUCGAUUUAUUCAAACUUAAUUGAGAUUUUGAAGAAAGAGGCUGGAGAGGGGGUUGCGAAAAAGCCCACCAGCUGUGCAAGAGCCUUGGUUUGGCUGACCAGGUCUUUGGAUUUCACAGUAAAUUUGUUAGAGAAGUUAGCAAAAGAUGUUGGACAAAAUCUUGAGCAAGUGGUGGAGGACGCAUAUAACGUUUCAUUGAAACCAUGGCAUGGAUGGAUUUCUUCAGCUGCAUAUAAGGUAGCUCUCAAGUUGAUCCCUGAUAACAAAACCUUCAUUAAACUGCUCAUGAUCGAAGACGAAGACUACGACAUGUUAAAAGAGGAAAUACAACAAUUGGUUCCAUUACUUCUGUCUCUUCUAGAUGAUAUCCACUCCAUUCUGAGGACUUUUCGCUUGGACAAGUUAAAGGCCAACUAAGGAGAGAACAUAAACAUGGGAGCAACUUCAUUUUUGUCUGACAUAGUUUGCUUUGUACAAACUUAAUUGCUUACUGUUUGAGUUUUCGUUCAAUCUUGUCUUUUCUUUAUGUAAAUAUGUACAGAUACAGUUUUAUCAGUUAUGUGUAAACUGAAGUUUGUAAAUAAUACAUGUAUUAAAGAGAGUUCAGAUAUAA